GAUGGGAUUUAGCGGAGGAUUACAAAUAACAGAUCUUAAUGAUUUUAUAAGUCCAGGCCAAGAAUGUAUAAAGCCAGUUAAAGAAACGAACAAGCCAAAGCAGGAAGAAGUGGCACCAGAUGCACCAACGACAGAAAUAACUAUCGGAGAGAAUGGAGAGUAUUAUGAACAGAAUCAAAAGCUAGAGAAAGCUGAGAUAACACUCAAUGAUUGCUUAGCAUGCUCCGGUUGUAUUACAUCAGCGGAAACAGUUUUGAUAGAGUCACAAAGCCACUUAGAGGUUAAGAAAUAUUUAAGUAAAGAUAAUGAUAAGAAAACUAUGAUCGCUAGUAUAUCGCCACAAUCUUUGGCUUCCAUUUCAGCUUCACUCAGUAGUAGACCAUCGAAUGAGGUAUUGUUGAGAAGGUUGCGCCAUCAUUUAAAGAGUAUAGGAUUCGAUUACGUAUUUGAUACUACAUUCUCCCGUCAUUUGAGCUUAUUGGAAAUUCUCAAUGAAUUCAAUAGCUUAGAUAGUAACAAUCGUCUCCUUCUCACAUCUGCAUGUCCUGGAUGGAUCUGUUAUGUGGAGAAAACACACGGUGAACUCAUACCAUUCAUUAGUACGACGAAAUCACCGCAACAAGUCAUGGGUAGUCUCGUCAAAUAUUGGUUCAGUCAACGGAUAAACAAGUCAGCUAGUGAUAUAUACCAUGUUACUAUAAUGCCAUGCUAUGACAAAAAAUUGGAAGCUUCUAGACAAGAUUUCUACAGCGAUUUGUACCAAACAAGAGACGUAGAUUGUGUAUUGACGUCAGGUGAAUUAGGAUCUUUAUUUGACAAGCCUAUCAAUUUAAAUGAAAGCCUUCCAAAUGAGAAUAUAGUAUCAACUGAAGAAAAACUCAUACCUCAUCAUAUUCAACAUCCUGGUACAUCUUCCGGUUCAUAUCUUGAAAAUAUAAUGACACUGAUAAAGCAAACAACGCCAAACUUACGUUUAGAGACACACUCACCGAGGAACUUGGCAGACUCUGUUGAGUAUCUACUCAUAAAUGAGAACAAUGAGUGUGUUUUCAAGGGAUCAAAAUGCUACGGUUUUAAGAAUAUACAAAAUCUAGUACGGAAAGUUGGAAAAGAGAAAGGCCUUAAUAGUGGAAGAGGAGCAGCUGGGAGGAUGGCAGGGCGAGGUCGAGUGCGCACCCGCAAUACAGGUAAUCCACACGAUAGCAAGUCGUUAGAUUUUGUCGAAGUCAUGGCUUGUCCUUCUGGAUGUAUCAACGGUGGUGGUCAACUGAAACCUGGUAUUAACACUGAUAAGGAAGGACACGAACGUGAUUGGGAAAGCGAAGGUGUUGCUACUGAUCCAACGAAGAAUAUUGAAGAAAGUGUGCGUUGGACGACUAAAAAUUGGAUCAAUAGAGUAGAAGAUAUCUAUUGGACGGGCAGUGAAGCUUCGAAAGCAGUCACACUUGAAAUGUUAUCUAAAAUUUCAACUGAAAUGCUCAAGGAAUUGUCGAAAGAACAUCUACGAACACAAUACCAUGCGAUCGAAUCUGACACUAGUGGACUAGCAGUACAGUGGUAAAUUCACUAGUUUUGUAAUUAUUUAUUUUGCAUGACAUAGACUUUUG